CGGAUCAAGUCCAUAAUGUCAUAUUGAUUGUAUUGGACGUUAAAUAUGUAAUAAACAACAACAAUAACAGUAGUAUCAAAUAGUAUCAACAAGUCUGGUGUAUCAAAUACAACAACAUGGAGAAUACUUCUACAAUGUACAAAGAAGAAUAUCAUUCAACCCCAAGACCUCCAUACGAUCACGAUGCGGCUACCGUUGCAUUUAUUGUGUACUCGGUGUUAAUAACUACAUUUAAUAUUAUAUUAAUCACCGUAUUCCUCUUCAGUCAGGUGCUACGUCGAUCUAUCAAGCAUGUGUUAAUAGCCAUCCAUUCGGCGUCCGCCUUCAUUCUUGGAUUUCUGGUAUUGCCAUUCCUUACUGAUAAGGCUAUUCUAAGCCGUAGCUGUGAUAUGUUGGUUUUAUUCAUUGGAUUGUUCUAUGCUUACACUGCAAUAUCAGCCUGGAUGGUAUUUCUCAUCUGCCUGGAUAACGUUCUCUACAAAUGGAGAGUGUGUAUUAAGAGCAGAGUAUACGUAGGGGUUGUUUUAAGUAUUGUUGCGUGGAUUGGAAACACUGUCGUUAUCAUGACCAUUGUCAGUACGGCUCCGAGACGUUCAGAACCAACAAGUUGUUACAUUGUUUUAGAAUCCGAAUACCAAGAGGCUAUGGAUGUUUUGACAGUUUUACCCUACCUCUUUGUUUUCUUAAUACUCUUUGUUAUAAUGUUCUCGUGUAUUAGAUUUCAUUGUUCGCACAGAGAAACUGAUUUUCACAAAUAUGAGAUACAAGACAAAUUCUUCCCAUUAGACAUUGUUCUGGUGGCUGUCUUUUCCAUUUUGUUGGACGUUUCAUACUUUGCCGGAUUGCUAGUAGCUGAUGAGGUAGAAUCGGGAAGCCAGGUGGAUACAAAAUUAUACAUGGUAGCUACCCUGUGUGUGGCAUCCAUCAAACCCGUUAUAAUUCCGAUGUUUUGGUUGACUAACAGAUUUACCAGAAAGAUGGUAACAGUAGUGUUGUGUUGCAAAAAAGCUCCAGAGCCCAGUCGGAACACACAGAGUACCACUAACGAAGCCAUGGUGGAAAUGAACAACGGACAUCGUAAUGCGUGGGUUGAAGGCUAGACAAUUAUUGCAUCUUGGAGAAAAUGUAAUGUCAUGGUUAAUAUCCAGCUAGCAAUGUUAUGGCGGAGAUAAAUGGAAAUCAAACCUCGUGGUCCAAUAAUAUGAUAGAAAUGAAUGGAAAUCAAACCUCGUGGUCCAAUGAUAUGGCAGACAUGAAUGGAAAUCAAACCACGUGGUCCAAUGAUAUCGUAGAAAUGAAUGGAAAGCAUAUACCAAUGCUAGAAUAUUGACAAAAAUAGCUUUAAACCUACCGAACAUUUCGUGUUUUAAGGAUCACUACAUACCUUGUCUAUCAGAGAGAGAGAGAGAGAGAAAUGGGGUUUAACGUCCACUUGACACAAACUAGGUCAUUUCGGGACUAACAUAUGGUUUAAUUUUAGUUCUGUAAUUCGCUUGCGCGUAGGGGUCUUUAGCAGUGGGAGGAAACCGGAGGACCCAGAGAAAACCCACGAGGUUGGACAGGCGCCCCUACUCCUUGUCACGUACAACCGGGGAUUCGAUGUUGUUAAUGGGACAAAGUGCCCAAUAACUUUCAUAAAAUUUUCCAUCUUAUGAAAUACGAACUGUUAUUUAGAUGCUGUGAACUUAUUGACCCACAGCUGGUUUUGAUAAUAUAUGAUAUUGGCUUUUCAACUAUACACUUUGUUCAAAACAUGUAAGCGCUGUGUUGUAAUUAAGGAGUCAUGAUCUGGGACAUAUGAUCUGUGUACAACCUGGUGGCCAGCCAAUCUAAACAAAUUCAUAUGUGACGAUGCCUUGUGUUGUUAGACUCAAUUCUUGAUGUUUAAAGGUAUAUAACAACGAGUUUCUUGAAAUUUAGAGAGACGAGGAGACAGAGAGACGGUGGGGGGGGGGGGAAUAGCAGAGACCGGCGUAUGGACUCACCCGAGUUCAGCCGCUGCCGUGGCAGAAUGGUGGAAGGGUUGUAAUAUAGUAAUGGUGUAGUUGAGUUUCUGUUUAAUUUUUGUUGCUGUUUUUAUUUAUGUUCCUGUUUUUUUUUUAUUUCUGUUCCUAUGAUGUAAAUAAAUUUUAUA